ACAGUCAGGGGGGAUUGAGGGCUCUUCCUCGCCGUCUUUACUCUUCCUCCCACUCUCUCGCCUCCCUGUCUCGCUUUGUGUUCCAAGAACAUGAUGGCGGCAUGCAGGUUGAAGCUGUUUUGGGGAAUUGGGAUUCUUCUCGGGACUUUUGCUUUGCAAGUGGAGUGUAAUGAAGAGACGCAACUGAUCGGAAACUUGUUCAAAGGCUAUAACAAGAACAUUCGUCCCGUGGUUCAUCCGAAGGACAAAGUGGAGGUCCAGAUCAAGUUGACCCUCACCAACCUGAUCUCUCUGAAUGAAAAGGAAGAGACUCUUACAACCAAUGUCUGGAUUGAAAUAAAAUGGGUCGAUUAUCGUCUUGCGUGGAAUAAAUCCAAAUACUAUGGCAUCGAUAUCAUCCGCGUCCCCUGCAAAACUGUGUGGCUCCCCGAUAUUGUCCUUGAAAACAACAUUGAUGGCAAGUUUGACGUGGCUUACUACGCCAACGUGCUGAUUUCAAACGACGGUUCGAUAUAUUGGCUUCCUCCUGCGAUCUAUCGUAGCACGUGUGCCAUAGAGAUCAACUACUUCCCUUUCGAUUAUCAAAACUGCACACUAGCAUUCAGAUCGCAGACUUACAGCGCCAAUGAGGUGGACCUCAUCUUAGCUGCUGGAGAAACUGGCGAAAGAAUCGAAUGGGUGGAUAUUGACCCUGAGGCUUUCACUGAGAACGGAGAAUGGGCCAUUGUCCAUCGUCCGGCCCGGAAGAUGAUCAACCUGAGGUACUCCCCCGAUGACCUGGAGUAUCAGGAGAUCAGUUUCAACCUGGUCAUCCAAAGGAAACCCCUCUUCUACGUCAUCAACAUCAUCCUGCCCUGCUCCCUCAUCUCCUCUCUUGUCGUGUUAGCAUACUUCCUACCGGCACAAGCUGGAGGGCAAAAGCUGACGGUGUCCAUCUCGGUCUUGCUGGCCCAGACUGUUUUCCUCUUUCUUAUAGCGCAGAAGGUCCCGGAGACGUCGCUCUCUGUCCCCCUCAUCGGCAAGUACAUCAUCUUUGUUAUGUGUGUCACCACGCUCAUUGCUACCAAUCAAAUUGUGGUGUUGAACUUCUCCCUGCGCAGCCCCAGCACUCACACCAUGUCCCAUCAAAUCAAGCAUCUCUUUUUAGAGUCGGUGCCCCGUUUCCUUGGCAUGUCGCCGCUGCUGGACGACAACGAGGUGACGUCAGAGGCGAACGGCAUAAGAGAUCGGAGGCGAGACUCCUUCGGCCUCAUGCAGAGAGCAGAGGAGUAUGUGCUCAAACAGCCUCGCAGUGAGAUGAUGUUUGACAAGCAAAGAGAGAAGCAUGGCCUGAUGAACCCGAAUGCGGACGGCGUUGAUGCCAACACUACCGUCAAUCUGUACAAGAGUUUAGCUCAAGCUGCCCCCGAGAUUAAGCAAUGCGUGGACGCCUGCAAUUUCAUUGCAGAAACCACAAGACAGCAAAACAACAUUGGAUCGGAAAUUGAAAGCUGGGUACUGAUCGGGAAGAUGAUUGACAAGGUGUGCUUCUGGGCCGCCAUCCUCCUCUUCAUCAUCGGGACGGUGGGCAUCUUCCUAACAGGACAUUUCAACAGGGCGCCCGAAUGGCCGUUUCCUGGGGAGAACAACAAAUAUGUCCCCAAAUGAAAAACGGAGACUUCCCCAGCGUUGACUGCCCUUCACGCCGUUGUGUGAGGACGACUGCGGUGACCUUUAGUGUGCGGCGCAGCAUCGGAGAUGCAAGAUCCCAACAUCUCAGCGCAGCACAGCAGAGCCAAUCGGUCUUCAGGAAGACUUGCAACCUUGAUCUUCAUCUUGCUCUAAGUUAUUGAAACGUGCAAUUCAUAGAUGGGGCCGUCUCGUACAAAUAUUGUCAACCAUCGUCCCCAUCAUACAGGUCAUGCAAGUUUUAGUCGUGUAUUUGCAGUAUGAGUGAAAGAAAUUCAUACUUAAUGCGGAACAGUAUUUAUUGAGGCAAGGAAUAUACAACAUUUGUGGACUAUCAUAAAGUUGCCCUGUUGGCGUGGGCCUUCAGUGAGUCCACACAUUGUAAGCAGAUCUGAUAAAGACCGAUUGAGUUUUUCUUUGCAGUACUACGUCUUAUUUGAAGAACACGGAUGUGCAACUUGAGCCAGCCGACGUUUCGAAGCCUUAUCUUGUUCUUACGAUGACUUAUUUAUCACGAUGCCUUGUUGGAGGCUGACGCCUACGUGUCGUUGUGCCAUCUUUUCUUAAUAAAUAAUUGAAUAUAUGCA